AUGACAUAUAAGUUCAACAAUGGUCUGUCCGAGGAAUCUAUAGCUGUGGUCCUCAAGCAAACCUUAAUGGGUCUCUCUCAUCUCCAUCUAAAUGCCCAAUUACACAGAGAUAUCAAUGCUGGACACAUCUUCUUUAGCCACUAUCACGGUAUCAAACUCGCCUUCGCCGCCACUGUAUACGAACACGACUAUGGUAAUCACCAUCUUCGCAACAGUACUGUUUCAGUCUCUACCGUCUUGGCGGCUGCGCCCGAGGUUUUCUACUCCAAUGAUAAUGAUGAUAAAUACACCCAAAAGGCUGACAUAUGGCUUAUUGGAAUCACCGCAUUAGAGUUGGCUUAUGGUGGAAUUUCAGUGUCUGGUAGAAAAAAACUACCCCCAAAGAAAGAGAGAGGACUCUCAUCUUUCUUCAAACCAUUGGUUAAGCCCUGUUGUGGUGGUGGUGGUGGUGCUGCUGAUCUGAGUCUGGAAUUCUCAGAAUGUUUUGGGAAGGUGGUGUCAAAGUGUCUGGAUACAGAACCGGCGCAGAGGCCCACGACAUUUGAGCUUCUAGAGGAUGAAUUCUUCAAGAAUUGCAGCGAGGAUUGCCCUAUUAGUGUUUCUAAGGUUUGGGUUCCAAAAAAGAUUGAUGCUCCAUCUAAGGCUAAAAGCUCUAUUAAUGAGUGGGUUACGGUAUCUAGAAGAGGAAAGGAAGUGAUGGUUGAACCUUACAUUUCAGUUGAUGUUCCUGCUAUUCACACUGAAGCUGAGAUUGGAGAACCUUCCAAGCAGUUACCAGUAGAUGCUUUAAACUAA